UCAGCACUGCGAAUCUUUGUUAACUCAAGAUCGACCAAUAUCAUUAGAACUACCUCAACCAUCCAACGACCAGACCAGGAUGUUUUAUGUAGAAAUGAUAAUUUCGUUAGUCGUCUGAGCGAUGCUUUUUGAUUCGAGGUUUCAUUUCUGUGCGAAUCGGAUAGGUAGUUACGAUUGUGCUUAUGCAUUUUUAUCGCUGUCAUUUUUUAGGCAGUUAUUUUUUUCUUACGCAUGGAAGUCCCUGAAACAGUGCCUGAACCAAUGAGUAAGCCUUAACGAUCAAACAUUUGUAAUAUGAACUUAUUGCCAAGUGGGAUAUGCUUUUCUAUGUGUGUGGCAAUCUUCUGGUUUACAUCAGAGGUAGAUGCUUCUUGGUGGCACAUGGGUACCCUCGGGUCGCAAGUGAUGUGUGACAACAUCCCGGGACUAGUUAGUAAGCAACGCCAGUUGUGUCGCCAGCAUCCAAAAAUAAUGCAAGCAAUUGGGACCGGAGUGAAAGAGUGGAUAGGAGAAUGCCAGCAUCAGUUCCAGAACCACCGUUGGAAUUGCAACACCAUGGCACGGGAUCAUAAUGUUUUCGGGAGACUUCUGCACCGUAGCAGUCGUGAGGCGGCCUUUGUGUACGCCAUCUCGUCAGCCGGCGUAGUCUACACUCUGACCCGCGCCUGUAGCCAGGGGGAGCUGGACUCGUGCUCCUGCGACCCAGGGAGAAAGGGGUCCUCCUGGGACGCCAAGGGGACCUUUGACUGGGGCGGCUGCAGCGAUCACGUGGACUACGCCAUCAACUUCACCCAGGCCUUCGUAGAUGCCAAGGACAAGAAGGAGCGAGAUGCUCGGGCCCUCAUGAAUCUCCAUAACAACCGAGCAGGACGGAAGGUGACUGCUUGCAUACACUUCAUGAAGCUAGAGUGCAAGUGCCACGGCGUGAGCGGCUCCUGCAGCGUGCGCACCUGCUGGCUGGCUAUGGCCGACUUUAGGCGGACCGGCGACUACCUGCGCAAGAAGUACAACAGCGCCGUCCAGGUGGUCAUGAACCAGUACGGCACGGGCUUCACCCAGGCGCUACGCAAGCUCAAGCGGCCCACCAAGAACGACCUGGUGUACUUCGAGGAUUCUCCGGACUACUGCAUACGCGACUACGACUCUGGCUCGGCGGGCACCGGCGGCCGCGUCUGCAACCGGACGUCUCGCGGUGCGGACAGCUGUGAGGUCAUGUGCUGUGGCCGCGGCUACGACACGUCGCGCGUCAGCCGCACCACCAAGUGUGAGUGCAAGUUCCACUGGUGCUGCGCUGUGCACUGCCGCGACUGUCACGAGGAGGUGGACGUUCACACGUGUAAAGGCCUGUCGUGACUGCCCCACACCUCUGCCUUCUUCCCGCAACGCCCCCCUCAACCCUACCCACCACUGAUCCAAGGCCAGCGGGUUGCCACGGUCACCAACCAACAGAUGUGAUUGAUCCCUGCUGUCAGCCUGUGGAGGGAGGGGGGGCUCACACAGACGACUUCUGAAUACUGCUCUACUCAUGCAAACCUACUGCACAUCACAAUAGAUGGAUACAGAUGGAUUGAUAUAGCUUUAGGCAGACAAAAAUUGGGUUUCUUAAGCUUUGCAUAAAAAUGUAUCGGCCUUUGUGCAUAAAUAUACCUAUGUUCCUUAACUGUUAUUUUUUUUUUCCCAGCAAGU